AUGAAAUUUGCCUCUCUUUCUCUUGCUUUGGCCCUUGUUGCCCCCUCCGUUCUUGCACAGAGCUGCUCUCCAAAUUGGGGUCAGUGUGGUGGCAUCGGCUGGACCGGUACCACCUGCUGCCAAGCUGGAUGGGCCUGUGUUGGACAAGCUGGCAACCCAUAUUAUUCUCAGUGCUUGCAAUCUUCUGGAACUACAACCACUGCUGCCACUACAACGACAUCAUCUAGCAAGACCACCACCGCAAAGACUUCCACCACUACUACCAACAGUCCUACAACCACAACUACCGCUACCACGACAACCACAAAAUCAUCCACCAACCCAUACGCCGCCGGUGCCUUCUAUGCUGGCAAGUUCUACGCAUCCGAGGUUCAAUCCUUUACCACUGCUGGUGAUGCUACCGACGCUACUAAGGCUGCCAAGGUUGAGAAUAUCAGUACCGCUAUCUGGUUGGAUAGCGUUGCUAAGAUUCCUACCAUCGCAACCACCUUAGACGACGCUGUUGCUGUUCAAAAGUCAACUGGUGUGACUCAAGUCGUUACAUUCGUUGUCUACGAUCUUCCCAACCGUGACUGUGCUGCUGCUGCUUCCAAUGGAGAAUUCUCUGUUGCUGACGAUGGUCUCACCAAGUACAAGGCAUACGUUGAUUCUGUUGCUGCUGCAUUUGCUGCUUAUCCCACCGUUAGAAUUGUCGCCGUCGUUGAGCCCGACAGCUUGGGUAACCUUGUUACCAACUCUGGAAUUGCCAAGUGCAGUGAAGCUGCUGAUGACUAUAAGCAAGGUAUUGCUUAUGCCAUUCAAAAGUUGCAGUUCAGCAAUGUCGCUUUGUAUCUUGAUGCUGCCCAUGCUGGUUGGCUUGGCUGGCCAAGCAACUUGCAACCUGCUGCAACCUUGUUUGCUCAAGUCUUGGGUAUGGCAAAUGGCGGAACUAUCCGUGGUUUCGCUACCAAUGUAGCCAACUACAAUGCCUUCAAGGCCACUACUCCUGAUCCAGUUACCGCAGGAUCUAGCACUCCAGACGAAGCCAGCUAUAUCGCUGCCUUGACGCCACUGUUGCAGAACCUCAAUGUUCCUGCCAACUUCAUUGUUGACACCGGUCGUAACGGUCAGCAAAACAUCCGAUCUGCAUGGGGUGACUGGUGUAAUGUUGUCGGUGCUGGUUUUGGAGUUCGUCCCACCACUAACACUGGAGUAGCCAACGUCGAUGCUUUCAUGUGGGUCAAGCCAGGUGGUGAAUGCGACGGUACCAGCAACUCUACCGCAGCACGAUAUGACUUCCACUGCGGUCAAGCCGAUGCUCUCCAACCUGCUCCUCAAGCCGGAACCUGGUUCGAUGCCUACUUCCAGAUGCUCGUCAAGAAUGCAAACCCAGCUUUGUAACGAAAUUACUGCUCCCCAAGACAUUAUAAAUGAAC